AUGCGGACGCAAAUGUUGCGCAAGCUGGAAACGAGAGUAAGCGAGGGUAAGCUCGAAAAGACUCGCGAAUCGGCGCGAACGAAGGCUCGCAGAGGGACAGAUGCGAGUGCCGAUUUCGAGAGCGAAGCCGAGAGCGGGAUUCGCGGAGCAAAUCGAACCUGCCCCACCUGGGAGGCGAGGCCUGCGAUUCUCGAAGCUCGAUUCUCGAUUCUCGAAGGGGCACACAUGCUCGCCUUCGUUCCCCUUCGGCCUGCUAAGACAUCGGCAUCUCCUUCACCGUGGUCCUCAAACGAGCCUCGCGCUCCGACAGAGCAAACAGAGACGCCGCGAAUCGGAGGAGAAGGAGGAAGCAAAAUGAGGGUAACCUGGCUGCUCUUCGGCUUGGCGUUGUUGAUCGCCUACGCGCACUCGGAUCCGGUGGUGAAGAGGGAGGCGGAAUCCGAGGAUCUGAAUCCCUUGAACGAGAUAUACGUUGUGGAGGCUGACGACGACCAGGCAGACGGGGACGGGACCAACAAGGACAAGAGGAAUAUCGGCGUGCUGAAGCUAGGCGUGUCGAACGGGAUAAUCAACUUCGUUUUCGGCAAGCUGGACUCGUUCCUCGACUCGAAGACCAAGGCUCUGUCGGCGUUGGACGAAGCGAACAAAGUGAAGAACGCGGCGUACGGUAUCGACACGAAGCAUUCGGCGACCACCAAGUUCAUCAACGAGCUGGUCGCUUCGAAGGUCAAGGCGGCGAGCGGCAGCAUCGGGCCGGUGUUGCACAGCGCGCAGACUUUCCUGUCGAGCGCGAAGCAGGGCCUCACCGGCGCUGUCGUUUCAAAAUUCGCGCCGCUCAGCUCCAUCGCCCAGGGAUUGGCUUCUGCGUCCGCGUCGAAGCCCGACCAGGACCACGACCACGACCACGGUUACGGUGGAGGAUCUUCGGACGAAGGUAAAGGUGGCUCGAAUGCGCUCUCGCUUCUCGCGAAUCUCUUGACAUCGAAGAUUGGCAGCCUGUCGUCGUUGAGCCAGCAGAAGAAUGGCGGAUCUUCCGGUUCUCACGAGGGAGGCUCCGACUUCGGAUCCAUCGCCGAUGAAACCAUCCAGGAUGUGUCCUAUUCCCCAUUCGGCGACACAAGCCCACCCCAAGACACACGAGUAACCUUCCAAUGUUUAGAAAGAGAUCGCCGGAGGACGAUUACCCCUUUACCCCCGAUGUCGGUUCACCGAUUGUACGAGCUUGGAUUGAUCGCGACGACCACGGAGGAUAUCCCUAUUUUCGAUAGGACGAAGGUAUCCUUGGACAUACCGGGGCCUUUAUUUGGUUCUGGAUUCACAGUGAUUACUAACGUCACCAAAGUUCUAAAUAGGGCGAUCAUGAAUUCGGCACGUCGAACACAGACCGUUUUCAACAUUCUCAAGCCAGUGCUCAACGGGAUUUUCCCUCACAGUACGGUGUCAAAGUCAAAAGUGGAUCACAAAUAGAAGAAACCUGCCGAGGACAGUAGCAACAUAGCUCAAUUAUCACUUCAGAGACUUUCACGGCGGGAUUCUGAUUGACGACGAACAUUUCAGUCUCCUGAAUUGUACAGAAUUAGAUACCUAGAUAGAAGUCGAAGUUAGGAUUGCUCGUCGUCUUUCGUUCCUCGCGUGAAUCGUGAUCAAAAAGACCUCAGGUGUAGCUAAAGGUGCUUGUUAGAUGUUGAUUAAAGAGAUUUGUUUCCUACGGGAGGAAUUACAUUUUUCAUUGUUCUUCGUACAUCGACUAGUUCGACUACUUCGAAUUGUUUUACAUUUUGUGCUUGAAAGAUUAGCUUUCGUUAAAUACAGAGAAUCAGAAGACGCAGUCCGUUUGAGAGAUGAAAUAUACAGUGAAGAACAUAACUAUGUCAAUGAAAAACUUGUUAACGAUUUAAAUAUAAUAAUAUAAUUUCACAAAAAUAGAUCAUGUAAAGGUCUACAUGGUUUCAUUUUAUAGCGUGAAGCUUCUACUUUGAUAGCUGUGAGUUCAUCUUUUCGAAGAUGACUUUACAUCAUAUAAUAAGAGAAAAUGUUAAAGUUCAAAACAAAGUAUAUAAGGAUAUCAAAAAGAUUCUUUUCGUAACUAGAUCUACCAUUACGUUGAAGUCUUCGUUUGAAAACUUGCCAUGCAAUUCCCUUCGCAAUUUUAUUUAACACUGAGGUUGGACGAGAAAAAUUCAAGAAAUCCUAACAUCUCGUUCCAAAUUCAAUGAAAUGGUGAAAACAAAAAAAAUCGUACAGCGAGUUUUAAGGUCUCAUUGCAAAAAGGAAAUUUCAAUCUUCAAAAUCGUAGCGAAUGUAAUCAUGAAAAAGACGAAUUCUGUAUUAUUUUUCUUUCAAAAAUCCUCACUUUUCUACUCACUUGCUACGUGAUGUAAAAUAAAAUCUUGAAGAAAAAAAAAAAAA